AUGCAGCAGCGAUCGAACCGGACUGUGGAAGACAUGCGAGACUCUGAUGACAAGCUCGCGGGUAUGGACGGUAUGGAGCUUCGUGGAUGGACCCAACAGAAUCCUACAGUGCCUAGCCGCGACCUCACAGAUCCAGUCGGGCAGACCAUUCUUGCUGUUUUCAACAAAGAAUUUGAUGCGCUUCAGAAUUACUGCGAAAUGAUGAUCAAGCAACUCGGAGGAACCGAGGAAGCUCGCGAGACUGUCAGACAAGAUGUAUAUUCGAAAAAAUGGGGUCCCACCAAAACGCCCAUCUACUCAGUCCUAUUGCCAGCGCUACAUAUGCUCCCCAACAACAAGCAAGAUCUUUUAGGCGUUGUCAGAUAUCUAGUCAACGAUCUCAAAGUACCAGUCGACGGAAGAGAUGUCGUAGGCAGCACAGCACUCUUCUGGGCAAUCUCAACCAAACCCUACGUACAACCAGAAUUCGCCCAAAUUCUCUUCGAUGCCGGAGCUUCUGUCAACACUAAGAACCGUUUUGAUGCCACCCCGGGCGCCGAAAUCGCUCAAGCCGACAUUCACGGCGACACGACCAAGAACGUGCAGAUGAUGAAGUGGUACAUUGAGCAUGGCGGAGACGUCGUUGCUAAAGACACAGAUGGAAUGAAUAUCAAGACCAUAGUCGAAAUGAUGGGUCAAAAGGUGCCGGCUAUGACUGAGGUUCUGAAGAGCGGACAUGGCCCAAGGAAAGAGGGAGAUUGCACUAAUUGUGGGAGGAGCCCGAAGGACGGCAAGCCCUUUCCGGCAUGUGCAACCUGUAAAAAGGCGAGGUAUUGCUCGCAGGAAUGUCAAAAGGUGGAUUGGAGGGUGCACAAGAAGACUUGCAAGGCUUCGUAG